AAAGGGGCGUGGCGGGAAAUCUCGUGCUGCCUGCUGUGUUUACUUUCAGAUAAAUUAUUUUUGUUUGCAUUUUCGGCGAUUUCAGCGGAUUUGUGAAUUGAUUAGAUAAUUUCCUACGGUCUUUCACACCUUUAAAUACUGACAACCGAAAUAGAAUAUAAUGUUUCCUUGGAAAACAUUUUUAUUCAAAUAAAAAUAAAGUGAACAAAGAAAAAUAUAGAAAUCAACAAAAUAAAAUGUCCCCUGCAAUGCUACACCGCAGUAGCGUAUUUUGGAAUAAAACAAAAAUUCACAAAAUAAGAAGACUGUAUUGUGACUUAGCUAAUCAGAAGCCUCCAUUGGCAAGCGCCUACAGCAAAGACGUCGAAUCUGGCUGGUACCAAAAAUGGGAAGCCGAAGGCCAAUUCAAGGCUCCAGAGAAUCCGUCCUCGAAAAAUUCAUUCAGCCUCCUUUUGCCACCACCAAAUGUGACGGGGAUUCUCCACCUGGGACACGCGCUCACAUGCAGCAUUCAAGAUGCUCUAGUCAGAUGGAAUCGAAUGAGUGGCAAGGACGUUGUGUGGAUUCCUGGUUUGGAUCAUGCAGGAAUUGCCACACAGACUGUUGUGGAAAGAUAUUUGGCAGCUAAAAAUUUGGGCACCAGAAGAGAAUUGGGCCGAGAAAAGUUUUUGCAAGAAGCCUGGAAGUGGAAAGAGAGCAAAGGAGACAUCAUUGUUGAACAAAUCAGAAAUUUAGGAUGCUCUCUUGAUUGGAGCAAGCAGUAUUUUACAAUGGAUGAGGAACGAAGCAGAGCCGUCAUUGACGCUUUUGUUCUUCUCUUUGAAAAGGGCCUGAUUUAUCGUGCCGAAUCUCUAGUCAAUUGGUCCUGUCAGCUUCAGUCUGCAAUCGCAGACAUUGAGGUUGACUGGCUGCAGCUUGAGGAGCCAAAGUGGAUUAAAGUGCCAGGCUACAACAAGAAGAUCAAAUUUGGCGAGUUGACCCACGUUGCUCUGCCAAUCGACGGGGAGAGUGGCGAACUGGUUGUUGCCACCACAAGACUGGAAACAAUGCUGGGUGACAGUGGUGUUGCUGUCCAUCCUCAAGACGAGCGGUACUCGUCAUUCAUUGGCAAAUUUGUAAAACAUCCGCUAAGACCGGAGGCUAAAAUUCCUAUCAUUGCCGACGAAUUUGUGGACCGUGAUUUUGGGACUGGUGUCGUGAAAAUUACUCCUGCUCAUGACGCAACAGAUUUUGAUGUAGGGAAACGUCACAAACUUGAAUCUAUAAAUGUUUUUUCAAGUGAAGGAAAAAUCUUGCCCUUUGGAGGAAAAUUUGAUGGACUUAAACGAUUUGAAGCGAGAGAAGAAAUAAGGAAUCAGUUGGAGUCUCUUGGACUGAUUCGUGGUGUGUCAGCUGUACCAAACUCAAAAAUUCCUAUUUGCAGCAGAUCCAGUGAUGUUGUGGAGUUGAUGCUGAAGCCGCAGUGGUUUGUUGAUUGCAAAUCCAUGGCUGAGAAAGCUGUAAAAGCGGUUGAAAAUGGAGAACUUGUAAUUGACCCACCAGUUUUUAACAAGACCUGGCAUGCAUGGCUGGAUGACGUGAGGGACUGGUGCAUUUCUCGCCAGCUUUGGUGGGGCCAUCAAAUACCUGCGUAUUUGUGUGAGAGUGAAAAAAGCCAAGUUUGGGUUGCUGCGCACAGCAAGGAGGAGGCAAAGAAAAAGUCUGAAUCAAUCCUUGGAACCAAAGAGGUGAAAGUAUCGCAAGACCUCGAUGUGUUGGACACUUGGUUCUCUUCAGCUCUACUGCCCUUUGCAUCGUUAGGGUGGCCUUCGGAUCCCAAACGAAUGGAAAAUUUUUAUCCUCUCAGCCUGAUGGAGACUGGUCAUGACAUUUUGUUCUUCUGGGUGGCAAGAAUGGUGAUGCUGGGGAGAGAGAUCACAGGCAAACUACCAUUUCAUAAAAUUUUGCUGCAUGGAAUUAUUUGUGACUCCCAUGGUAGGAAAAUGUCGAAGAGUUUAGGAAACGUCAUCAACCCAGAGGACAUUAUACAUGGAACCUCCUUAGAGGAACUUAUUGCUAGGGUUGUUGAGGGGCAAAGAGAUGCUAGUGAUGAAGAGGUGAAGAAAGGUGUUAGAGCUCAGGAAAUAGCUUUUCCGAAGGGAAUUCCCGCUUGCGGAACCGACGCUCUUCGCUACACACUAUGCUCACACGACGCAAAAGUUCACUACUUAAAUUUUGAUAUAAAUGAAUGCUCGGUAAACAGAAACUUUUGCAACAAAAUCUGGCAGGCAACAAAAUACGUUCUGAACAAUUCCUUUAACGAGGCAACAUAUUUGGCACCUCAUGAGCUUGAGAAUUUAAAUUUGUCACUGAUGGACAGGUGGAUUCUAAGUCGACUAGCACAUUCGAUUGAUACUAUAAACACAGCAUUUGAAAACAAGAAUCUCCACGAAUCGUGCUCUGCCAUCAAAGAAUUCAUUUACACCAACUUUUGUGAUGUUUACAUUGAGGCCAGUAAAAUUUUACUCCAGGAGCAACAUAGAAGCUCAGCAACUAAGCAUGCGCUGCUACAUUGCGUGCAAACGUAUCUGAGGCUGCUGGCACCUUUCAUGCCCUUCCUCAGUGAAGAGUUAUUCCAACAUUUGCCGGGCCAGCAAAAUUCAGUUCAUUUAAACAGUUAUCCCUCUCCUGCUGAGUGGGCUUGCUUGAAAAAUUUAGAGGCUGAAUCCAAGUCUGCAGUGAUAAUAGACACAGCACGCUUAAUAAGAGAGUUGAAGAGCUUGGGUAAAUUGUCUAAACCACAGACAGUCGCCUUGAUCGAAACUGAAGACUUGGCACUAUACCAAGAAAAUCUAAGCGUACUUGAGAUGCUGGGACAAUGCUCACAAAUCACUAUUUGUAACAAAAUUGACUCUGACGUUAAAUCCAUUCGAGCUCCCUUGAGUUUAAAAACUUUAGUACAUGUCGUUGGUCAGUUGCAAGUGCAAGAUUUGGAUAAAAAAUUAAAGAAGCUGAGGAAGGAAGAAGAAAGCCUAGUUCGAACGUUGACAGCAAAAAGGUUUCUCGAGGAAGCUUCAUCAGAUGUAAAAAUUGCUAAAAAUCGCAAGUUGGAAGCAGUCAGACUUGAAAUAGAAAAAUUUUCCCAGCAUAAGUCACACGCUCAAUCACAUUAAAUAAAUCCAUGUGAAAAAACGAAUGGGAUUUCAGUGAAAAGAAAAUCGCUGGUUAACACAAAGAAAAUACAAUUCAUUUAUUGAAAGUACACCCUAUACUUAAAGAUACGUUCGUGCUUCGCAGCAAAAAAAGUUAUUUUUACAAUGAAACUUUUGAAAAUAUAUUAUUAUUUUUUGUUGGCUUACAACAACUAGUAACUGCCAAAUUUGUUGAAAAUUAAAUAUAUAAUUAUUGUAAUUCAAGAGCAAAAUUUACACUUAUUUCAAAAUCAAUGAAAGAAAUUAUCACAUCAACAACGCUCAAAGUGAAGGAUUCAGACGGAAGGCUUAAUGUCAAACGACUCGUUCGCUCCAUUAGUGACAUGCGACAUGCCCAUCUCGGCAAGCAGAUCUUCCAUUCCUUGUGGCACGUUGUUCUGCGCCAGUUCUUUACUCCACUGGCUAUACUGUUAGAUCAUAAAAUUCAGU